AUGAAGAAUAUUUAUCAACACGAACAACGUCUUGAAAACAAUGAAGUUACAAACCUUGUUGGAAAUAUUAGUCCAGUUAAUUCUUCUUAUCCAAGUUUUAAAGUAAAUUCAUAUCAACCAGAUCAAAGAGAAUAUAAUCUUCCACCACCAUUUGAAGUUCCAAGUAGUAGUACAACAGAAUAUAAUAUGUCUAUAUUAAAUAAUAGUACAUAUAGAUUUCCAUCAUUGCCUGAUACAAAUAAUGAAAUUUCUACUUAUGUCGUUCCAAGUUCAAAUGAAUUUAAUCCAUUUCCAACACACUCAAUAAAAAAAGAACAAACAACUAAUUUACAACAACCUUUCUCAUUACAACCAAAUCAAUCAGUCCAUAACACAAAUGAAUUAUUUGGUUCAGAAUUAUUAAAACAAACAAAUUCUUUAAAAAAUUCUAAUCAACUUAAUGAUGAAAAAUUAUCAAAUUAUAGUAAUUUUGAUAGUUCAAAGAAAGAAGGUAGUUUAUUAACACCAGAGCAAUAUAUGAAUAUGGCUUCUCAAGUUGCACCAAUUAAAAUUGAAACAAUAACUAAUAAUGACAUAAUUGAAGAUGAUAUAACAUAUUCAUUAAUAAAGCGAUUAAUGUUAAUAGGAAUUUUAUUCUUUCCAUUUCAUCUUGUAGUUUGUUAUUUAUUUAGAAAUAGUAAUGACAAAAGAAUUCAAAGAAUAUCAAUGGCAUCUGGUGUAUUUUUUAUUUUAUGUAUAACAACAUUAUUUAUUUUAUUUAUUCUAACCAGCAUUAAUUUGUUAUGA